AUGCUUUGUCAUUCAGGAAGUGCCACUAGGAGGAGGGUGGGAACGUGUACACUUGGAAGGACCUUUUUACCCCAUUUCCUGGUUGUGCUCCACCGUAGACUCACAUCUUGGACAGUCCAGGAGUGCACCUUGCCCUAUGACAGACUCACAUCUUGGACAGUCCAGGAGUGCACCUUGCCCUAUGACAGACUCACAUCUUGGACAGUCCAGGAGUGCACCUUGCCCUAUGACAGACUCACAUCUUGGACAGUCCAGGAGUGCACCUUGCCCUAUGACAGACUCACAUCUUGGACAGUCCAGGAGUGCACCUUGCCCUAUGACAGACUCACAUCUUGGACAGUCCAGGAGUGCACCUUGCCCUAUGACAGACUCACAUCUUGGACAGUCCAGGAGUGCACCUUGCCCUAUGACAGACUCACAUCUUGGACAGUCCAGGAGUGCACCUUGCCCUAUGACAGACUCACAUCUUGGACAGUCCAGGAGUGCACCUUGCCCUAUGACAGACUCACAUCUUGGACAGUCCAGGAGUGCACCUUGCCCUAUGACAGACUCACAUCUUGGACAGUCCAGGAGUGCACCUUGCCCUAUGACAGACUCACAUCUUGGACAGUCCAGGAGUGCACCUUGCCCUAUGACAGACUCACAUCUUGGACAGUCCAGGAGUGCACCUUGCCCUAUGACAGACUCACAUCUUGGACAGUCCAGGAGUGCACCUUGCCCUAUGACAGACUCACAUCUUGGACAGUCCAGGAGUGCACCUUGCCCUAUGACAGACUCACAUCUUGGACAGUCCAGGAGUGCAUCUUUCCCUAUGACAGACUCACAUCUUGGACAGUCCAGGAGUGCACCUUGCCCUAUGACAGACUCACAUCUUGGACAGUCCAGGAGUGCAUCUUUCCCUAUGACAGACUCACAUCUUGGACAGUCCAGGAGUGCACCUUGCCCUAUGACAGACUCACAUCUUGGACAGUCCAGGAGUGCAUCUUUCCCUAUGACAGACUUACAGUAUAGUGCAAGAAUGACCACAUUUCAAUUGUUUCCCACAUCCUGAUGCUUAAUUCAAAGCAGAACUGAAUUAUAUAUUAUAAAACUAAAAGCUGGCCCCAGUAGCCAUUCAUAUUUGGUCCUUGAAUGGCCAAACAGCGAGCAUGCUGUAUAAGUGAAUCUUUGUAGAGACUAGUUUGAGCUGUUUUGUUCAGUGAAGUGUUAGCUUUGAAAGUGAAAUGCAGUAAGCUGUGAUGCCCCUGAAAGCAUCAUUACAUUUUUUUGUUGUCUUUAUCAAUAGGCAACUAACUUUGUUUGAUUUGUCAGUCAGUUCAUAGACAAUCAUUCCUUGAUAAACCCACAGUGCUAUCAUUGGAUUCAUAGCACUGGGUUGCACUGGCCUAGGAGUAGUGUAUAGCAGUGUCUCCCAACUCCAGUCCUCGAGUACCCCUAACAGCACACCAUUUUGUUGUUGGCCCGAACAACCUGACCUGAUUCAACUCUUUGAGGGCUUGAUGAUUAGUUAACCAUUGGAAUCUGUGUGCUUAUCCAGGGCUACAACACAAAUGUUUGCUGUUGGGGUUAUUGGACAACUGGAGUUGAGAAGCACUGCUGUGUGGUGAUGGUUCAAACACUAUUUUGAACUGCCUAAUAUAACAUUCAUAAUGCUGAAUCAAGACUUGUUAGAAACAAGGAAUACAGGUCUUCAUAAAGUUAGGGCCAGGAUUUUUUCUUGACCACACAACCUGAUGACUUGUCCAGAUCAGGAAAACUCCUGGCCCUAAGAAUACCUGACAUGUUCAAAACAUCAUCAGACUGUAUGAUAAGUUUGAGGAGUAGAAUAGAGGCAGGACUUUACACUACAUUCUGAUCUUCAGUAGAAAACAAACAAGCAUCAUAAAGUGCCUUCAGGCUGAUCAUGUUGCCAUACUCUAUAUAUUUGCUAACCUCUCACAAUUUUAUUCUGUUUAAUGUUAAAGCCACUAUUUGGUCAGUAUUAGUAAAAGUAAAAAAUGCUCGAAAGAAACAAACGUGUCAAAGACUGAGUGACAAGGUUGUUGCUAUUGUCGGUUUAUAUUAGAGAAUAUGUGCAAUGUUGGCAGUUACUGCAGUAUACAAUAAUUUCCCCCAAUAUAACAUCCAUGACCAACAACAAGUGGUAUAUUGUAGCAAUGGUAAGCCAUAAUGGUAAAACGCAUGGAGAAAAUAAAACAUUUAUAACACGUUA